AUGUCUCUGGAGCCACCCACCUAUCUCAGCUCCCUGCAGAACAACAUCCGCGCACGGCCCAUCCCGUGGGAGGGGGCGGUCCGCGCUGGCAACAUCACCGAUGACCAGUUGCGCAAGAUCAAGGCCGUGGACAAGGUCCGCAAGGAGCAACGGCGUCAGACCAUAGAUGCGGAUUUGAACGGAUACACCACAUUGCUUGCGGGGGGCCCCGAUGGCAAGAGUGUUCUCGAGUCCGCAUCCAAGCGGACCGAUAUCGUGCAGUAUAUCUUGGUCUUAGCUGCUGAUCUCCUCAACGGUGCGAUCAUCAAUGAUAUGGAUACUGGCAUGAUCUUCUCUUACUCUCCCUCACUGGCCUCAGCGCUCGUGGCGCAUCCGGAUCCAUACAAGCCAUUUCUUCCCCUCCUGCGUCAUUCUACGAAUUCUGAAGACCCCAUCUCUCUCCUUACGUCCUCCUUUUUAACGAAUCUUGUCUCGACGGCACUUGUCUCAUCAUCCAAGUCUUCUGCGCGGGACGAAGAAGCUCUCCCACAACUAUACUCAUACCUUUCCUCCCUGGUAAAGAAUCAGGAUAGCGGCCUUCAAGAUAUCGGCGUACAGGGAUUCUCAACCCUGCUCAGAACAAAAGCGGCAAGGGAGAUCUUUUGGAGCCAGAGGAAAGAGACUGUUGAUCCGCUGGUGGAUAUUCUUCGUGCAGCUGCUGGCGCAAAAGACAGUGGCUCGUCGACUCUGGCUGGAACGAGCAGCAUCCGGAAUUUCGAUGCGGGCCUCGGGGGAGGCGUGGGGCUUCAGCUCCUAUAUCACGUUCUUCUGGUGAUUUGGCAGCUUAGUUUCGAAGGUAGCCCGGUUGGAAAUGACUUGCAGUCGGACCAUGACAUUAUUGAAUUGUACACGCAACUUCUACGACUCUCUCCAAAGGAGAAGACUACGCGACUGCUCCUUGCCACCCUUAACAACCUGCUCUCCGCCAACCGAACGACACUCUUACCUGUCGCAGUAUUCGUCCGCCUACCAGCGCUUCUCUCGAACCUUUCAGGUCGUCACUUGACGGACCCCGACCUCCUUGAGGACUUAAAGUCACUGUCAGAUAUGUUGGAUGAGUACACGAAGACGCAAACUACGUUUGAUGAGUACGCCGCCGAAGUACAAUCCGGCCACCUGCGCUGGUCACCACCGCACCGCAACCCGGUCUUUUGGAGAGAGAAUGCGCGUCGGAUUCUUGAUGAAGACCAAGGAGCCCUUCCCAAGAAGCUGGCUGAGAUCCUCUCCAAGAGCUGGGAUAACGACAAGCAAGUCCUCGCCAUAGCAUGCAACGACGUUGGAAAUCUGGUCAAGCAGCUCCCGGAGAGGCGGUCCCAACUGGAGAAGUUGGGGCUGAAGGCAAGGGUCAUGGAACUGAUGACCGACCGGGAUGAAUCGCGUUAUCGUCGCCUCGUCUUAUCGAGAUCGCCUCAGGAGGGGAAUUUGGCUAGCAUCGUCACUGUAGCCGCGGAAAACCCCUCCUCCGACGCAUGUCUCGAUCUUUCACGGGAUGCAAGCGAUGCAAAGCCCGGCGGCAAAAAUGUGACGAACAACACCCAGAAUGUGGGCGGUGCAAGACGGCCGGGGUGCAGUGCAGAAUACUCUCCCGGUGAAUUCAUAUAUACCACAGGAUGUACCACGGGAAAGUCCCAGUCGUCGUCUUCACCGCCGCCGUCAUCGUCAUCGUCAUCGUCACAAGUAACGUUGGUCCGAGAAAUCGACCCAUUCUCAUCACUGCCACCGGCACAAAAAGCGUUGCUACAUCAUUAUAUCCGCGAGGCUUCUCACAUUACUUCGUGUCAUGCCGGUAUGCAGAAGGAGAUUUGCAGGAUGAUUGUGCCAAUGGCUCUGCAGACGCCGUCGCUGUUAUACGCGACCAUGGCCCUCUCUGCCAUCCACCUGGAAGCGCUCAACAAUCAUUCCGAGACGAUCAAGGCCGCGCCCGAUAUUGCGAGGUUGAUGGCUCGAAGCCUGGAGCACUUCCGUACCGAGCUUCAAGAUCCGAGCCGGAAGGGUUCUGAUGCCCUCUUGGCAACAGCACGCACACUCUGCCUGGCUGAGAUCCAUUCAGGCGCCAUUCAUCCAAAUACAUGGAGGGCCCACGUAGAGGGAGCAAAGGCUCUGAUGACUGCUUCAGACGCACAGGCCAGGUCACCUCAGAGGAAUGAAGCUUUCCGCAAAUAUCUUGACCGAUGGUAUCGGUCCAUCGUGUCCCUCACAGCGCUGAAUGGCAAUGGGCCUCCGAUCGACGACGUUGUGUUAAAGCCACAUCUGGGGAAUGCCGGGCUGCCAGAUGACCCUGACUAUCUCGACGACUACUGGGGCUUCACGGUGCACCUUGCAGACAUCUUCCGCGAGAUUGGGGCCGUGGCGUGGAAACGGCACCAGUGCAGUGGGCCAAACAGGUCACGGCUUCAGAUCGAAGAAACGGAAUUUCAAGAGCGUGCAGAAUCUCUGGAGCGUUCCGUACGCACUCUAAUAGACAGACACGCUGGUAACCGGCCGACGUUCUACCCCGGAGUGGUGGAGGGGUUAUCUGAAGAUUGCAUUCGCGAAUUCAUGCUAUGCAACGAGGCCUUUCAGCAUACGGCCCUGAUCCACAUCUACCGCCGAGUACGAAAGUGGCCCGCAGCGUCUCCAGAGGUUCAGCACUCUGUGAAACGAAUCCUGGAGUGCACAUCGCAGAUUGUCCCGAAAAGCGGGCUCAGCCCGUGGGUCAUGCUCACGACACCCUUGUUCACGGCUGGUUGUGAAGCCCUGGGAGAGGACAGGGAGGCGUUCAAGAAGCUGCUGCUUACUUUGCACGACACUACAAGAAUUCCAAACGUACUCCAGUCGUUGAAGUUUCUCGAAAUAUACUGGGCCAACGAUCAGCUCAGUGAGGACGAGGAUUGGAGUCAUUUUCUUGGUAAGAAUGGAGAUUUCCCCCUCAUAAACGAAGAACUUACGUAA